UUCUUCACUCACUCUCUCUCUCUCUCCCCCCUCUCUCCCUCUCUCUCUCUCUCCCUCUCUCUCUCUAUCAGAUGUCUGCAAUUACUGUUCGUCCGUUCAUUGAUUAAUCGUUCUGCCAUUUGCAUCGGCGAUGGGGAUCGUGCUUGAAAUCUCCUUGUUGCGUUGCUUGCUCGGGGUUCGAGCCGGGGGAGCUCGUUCAGCUCCCCCAAUUUGGCUCGGGCAGCUUAAACAUCCGGUCGAAAAUGCGACAGUGUUUGGUUUUGAUUUGGACUGAAUCGGAAAAUCGAUAUCUAGUCAGAGUGUUUGGUCGAUCGGGCUUGUAUUAUGAAUCUGCAAGCUCAUUGAGCUUCCUCAUUUGACUCCUGAAGCUUGAAUUCGCGCGAUUGUGUCGUAUUGGGUGUCUUCGAUCUGUGGAUGAUGGGCGUGUGACUGCUGAUAAUUUGGUCCGGCAAUGAUUAAGAGCUAAGAGCUGAUAAUCGUCUGCUGAAUUCUUAAACUUUGGUUCUCUUAAUCUUUCUGGAAAAUGAUUGUUUCAGAUUUACUUACAGAAGGAAUGCCUGCGAUAAUCUAUGUCAUAUAAUCCUGGGAUAGUUAACCUAACCAUGAGGUUAUGGAGGGAAACAUUAGUUCAUUGCUAAUUCAUGAUUCUAUGUAUGAACACACAUCGACAUACGAACCCACAAAAUUUUGUUGUGUAAUCGACUUUCUCGCAUAUGAGGGAUGAAAAGAUGUCUACUUGUAUGAUCACGAUAAAGAAGGACCCUUGAUCAUCAGUGUAAGUUGGCGGACGGUUACUUGUUCUGUUGAUCGAGUGAUCUUAUUUUCCAAUGGUCUCUGUUACCUUUCAGGUACCCUUUCGGUUCUUUUUCUCCAUGGACAUAGAUCUGAGGUUGCCUUCAGGUGAACACGACAAGGAAGAAGGGCCACAAUGUACUGAUAACUUGUCGGAUGCCGAGGAAAAACUGCAAAAUGGAGAUCUUGGAAGUGCAAGCAUGGUCGACAUCGGAGAUGUAGCCCACGGUGUGGGUGCUGGAGUCAUGAAUUCCUCUGGUGUGGAUGCAAUGGAGGUUAAAGAAUACGUGAAUCUUGAACCUCUUUCUGGCAUGGAAUUUGAAUCUCAUGGAGAAGCAUACUCUUUUUAUCAAGAGUAUGCUCGGUCCAUGGGAUUCACCACGGCAAUCCAAAAUAGUCGCCGUUCAAAAACAACUAGGGAAUUUAUUGAUGCAAAGUUUGCCUGUUCUAGAUAUGGGACGAAACGAGAGUAUGAAAAGGCCUUCAAUAACAGGCCGAGGGCAAGGCAAAGUAAGCAAGAUCCCGAUAAUGGGGCUGGAAGACGAGCUUGUGCAAAGACGGAUUGCAAAGCAAGCAUGCAUGUGAAGAGACGACCUGAUGGUAAAUGGGUUAUACAUAGUUUUGUGAAGGAGCAUAACCAUGAUCUUUUACCAGCUCAAGCUAUCAGUGAACAAACAAGAAAGAUGUAUGCUGAUAUGGCUAGAAAGUUUGCAGAAUAUACAAAUGUGAUAGGCUUGAAGACUGAAACCAGGAAUCUGUUUGAUAAGAGUUGGAAUAUGACAUUAGAAUCUGGAGAAACUAGGAUUUUGCUUGACUUUUUCUCUCAGAUGCAAUGUUCAAAUCCCAAUUUCUUUUAUGCUGUGGACUUGGGUGAAGACCAGCGCCUUAAGAAUCUGCUGUGGAUUGAUGCCAAAAGUAGGCAUGACUAUGGGAGUUUUUGUGAUGUUGUCUCUUUUGACACAACCUACGUGAGAAACAAACACAAGAUGCCUCUUGCCUUGUUUAUUGGAGUGAAUCAGCACUAUCAGUUCAUGCUCUUGGGAUGUGCUGUAAUUUCGGAUGAGACUGCUGCUACAUAUGCUUGGAUUAUGCAGGCUUGGUUGAGAGCAGUGGGCGGGCAACCUCCCAAAGUUAUCAUUACCGAACAAGAUAAGACUAUCAAAUCAGUUAUCUCGGAAGUUUUUCCUUUCUCACGUCAUUGCUUUUGCUUGUGGCAUAUAUUGGGGAGGGUUUCUGACAGCCUCUGUCACGUAAUAAAAAGGCAUGAAUAUUUUAUGGCGAAAUUCGAAAAGUGCGUCAACAGGUCGUGGACGGAAGAAGAGUUCGAGAAAAGGUGGUGGAAACUUGUAGAUAGAUGUGACCUCAAAGAUGAUGAAUGGGUACGGUCAUUGUACGAAGAUCGUAAACUGUGGGUCCCAACUUUCAUCAAGGAUGUGUGUCUAGCUGGGAUGUGUACAGUUCAGCGCGCUGAAAGUGUGAACUCAUUCUUUGAUAAGUACGUGCACAAGAAGACCUCCGCACAGGAGUUUGUGAAACAGUAUGAAGUAUUUCUACAGGACAGGUAUGAGGAGGAAAGCAAAGCAGAAUCCGAUACAUGGAAUAAACAAUCCAUGUUAAAAUCUCCAUCUCCUUUUGAGAAGUGUGUCUCCGGAGUGUACACGCAUGCAGUGUUCAAGAAAUUUCAAGUAGAGGUCCUCGGUGCAGUUGCUUGUCAUCCCAAGGAGGACAGGCAGGAUGAGAGCGGCGUCACUUUUCGGGUUCACGAUGUAGAGAAAAAUCAAGAAUUUACUGUUACUUGGAAUGAGAUGAAAUCUGAAGUUUCUUGCAUGUGCCGAUUGUUUGAGUACAAAGGUUAUCUUUGUAGGCAUGCACUGGUAGUUCUUCAAAUGUGCGGCCUCUCCUCAAUCCCGUCGCCUUAUAUUCUGAAGAGGUGGACAAAAGAUGCAAAGAGCAGACACUCGGUGGUGGAGGAACCGGAGCAGCUGCAGUCCAGGGUUCAACGGUAUAACGAUCUCUGCCAGCGGGCAAUGAAGUUGAGUGAAGAGGCAUCGAUGUCUCAGGACAGUUACAACCUGGCAGCCCGCUCACUUGAAGAAACUUUUGGGAAUUGUAUGAGUAUGAAUAACUCUAAGGGUCUUGCAGAAGCUGGCACUUCGGGCACUCAUGGUCUGCUGUGUGUGGAAGAUGAUUCUCAGAGCAGGAGCAUGGGCAUGAGCAUGAGCAUGAGCAUGAGCAUGAGCAUGCCCAAGUCAAGUAAAAGAAAGAAUCCAACCAAGAAAAGAAAGAUGAACUCUGAACAGGACAUGAUCAGUAUUGGGCCGCAAGAGAGCUUGCAACAAAUGGAAAAGUUAACAUCGAGAACAGUGACUCUUGAUGGCUAUUAUGGAACACCGCAGAGUGUUCAGGGAAUGGUGCAGCUAAACUUAAUGGCACCCACACGGGAUAAUUACUAUGGAAAUCAACAGGCCAUUCAGGGACUGGGGCAACUGAACUCAAUAGCACCGGGCCAUGAUGGUUACUACACUCCCCAGCCAAGUAUUCAUGGGCUGGGGCAGAUGGAUUUCUUCAGAUCUGCAAACAGCUAUGCAUUUGGCAUUCGGCAGGAUGAUCCCAAUGUAAGAGCAGCUCAGCUGCACGAGGAAGCAUCUAGACAUGCGUAAUUACCCGUUCAGCAAUAAAGAUGAGAAGUACGUAUCUUGGAGCCAUGUUGCCUUGAGGUUGGGGGAUCACACAGGAAUUUAUCGGCGGAUUUCACUGGUAGGCUGCUGAUUCCCAGUCCAGCAACAGCUGUUAUUCACUCAUGCAGCUGAGUCGUUCCUGGUAAGAGAACAUAGAAGAAAGAUUGGAAGUAGAUUAUGCUGUACAGGCUGAGGCUGUUUGUAUUAGUGUUACCUAAUAGUUGCAGCCGUUGUAAACUAGAAUGAAUUGAGAUUAGAAACUCUAUGUCCAUGGGUGAAGUUUAUAUUCGAGUUCAGUUCAUGCAGCCAUAUCAUGCUAGGCGAUGUGCAGCCCCAUCGAAGUUUGCAAAGAUGGGUCGGCUAUAAGAAACUGGCCUUCACGACGGAAAAGCGCGAAUGGCAAACCUGUUUCUGGCAAAAGGUUAUUUCCUGGAAUCUGAGAAGUAAAUCCCAUGAGUUAACAGAUGCCUAGGUUUGUAUAAUCUAUGGGCAUUACUUAUCAACACAUAGUAGGUUAUAAUC